GGUCAAAUACAAAACACUGACGACUUUACACUAAAGAACAUACUAGUCUUGUCUAUGUUUUUCGCUAUACAGAAAGAUAAGGGACCCUCUCUCUCUCUCUCUCUCUCUCUUCAACUGAGAAAGUGAAGUGAAGUAUAGUUUCUGGUAAAGAGUGUCGAAAAUGGGGAUAAAGAUUGAGAUGAUGGUGGUUUUGGUGACCCUUUUGCUUAUCUGUGUCACUUGUUCAUCAUUAGCUAACAACAAGAACAAUGAGGAGGAGCAUCUUCUUAGAAGAAACCUUCUUGCUAAUGGUCUUGCUAGAACUCCUCCUAUGGGGUGGAACAGUUGGAAUCACUUCGCCUGUCAGAUUGAUGAAAAAAUGAUCAGAGAAACUGCUGAUGCCCUUAUUUCUACUGGUCUAUCUAAGCUUGGAUACACCUAUGUCAACAUAGAUGAUUGUUGGGCUGAACUUAAUCGCGAUGAUAAGGGUAAUCUGGUGGCUAAGAACUCAACAUUUCCUUCUGGUAUUAAAGCGCUUGCAGAUUAUGUUCACAGCAAGGGUCUUAAGCUUGGAAUUUAUUCAGAUGCAGGGUAUUUUACCUGUAGCAAACAAAUGCCUGGUUCACUAGGUCAUGAGUUCCAAGAUGCCAAAACUUUUGCAUCAUGGGGCAUUGAUUAUUUGAAGUAUGAUAACUGUUUCAAUGGUGGAUCAAAGCCCACCAAGAGGUAUCCUGUUAUGACGCGGGCUUUAGUGAAGGCAGGUCGUCCGAUCUUCUUUUCGCUAUGUGAAUGGGGAGAUUUGCACCCAGCUUUAUGGGGUGCUAAAGUCGGAAAUAGUUGGAGAACUACCGGUGACAUAAGUGAUACAUGGGAAAGUAUGAUUUCAAAGGCGGACACGAAUGAAGUUUAUGCCGAGCUAGCACGGCCUGGUGGCUGGAAUGAUCCUGAUAUGCUCGAGGUUGGAAACGGAGGGAUGACGAAAAACGAAUACAUUGUUCACUUCAGUUUAUGGGCCAUUUCAAAGGCUCCACUUCUUCUAGGGUGUGAUGUAAGAAAUGUUAGUAAAGAUACCAUGGAAAUAAUCUCUAAUAAAGAAGUUAUUGCAGUUAACCAAGAUUCGCUUGGUGUACAAGCUAAAAAGGUUAGGAUGGAAGGUGAUCUCGAGAUAUGGGCAGGUCCUCUUUCAGGAUACAGGGUAGCCGUCGUGUUGCUUAAUAAAGGUGCGCAGCGAAUGGCUAUGACAGCGAAUUGGGAUGACAUUGGCAUACCGCCGAAAAGUGUUGUUGAAGCCAGAGAUCUUUGGGAGCACAAGACAUUGGAGAAACAUUUUGUGGAUAAGUUGAGUGUAACAGUAGAAUCACAUGCCUGUAAAAUGUAUGUGCUGAAACCAGUAGCAUGAGUCCUACAAGACAAGAACACAGUUAUGUAGAUUUUGCAGCUUUUAGAAGCAUGAUGGUUAAGUGAAAUGGAAAUAAGUUUGUUUGUUUCUGAGGAAAAUAAAAUGUUGAUUUUGUAUAUGAUGAUGAUGGACUUCGUUUUAUUGAAUAAAGAUUGUUCAUCUGCUGCUUCUGUUGA